ACAGUCAAUUAUCAAACGGUGAAAACAGGGACUAGUUUUCGACACUGAACGGGUUUACAUUUUUAACUGUGACAAGAAGGAAUAAAACAGCAGCUGCUGGUGGUUCUGGAUUUACUCUGUUUUACUCAUUCUGAAUGGACUGUCAUGGUUUCAGACGACUGAGGAGUAUUUUUUUUCACGGGAAAAGGACGAACUUCUUCUUGGUAAUAUGAAUUUAAUGUAUGUUUGAAACGUCGCCUGCUUUGGAAUUUGAGCGAGGAUGACCGCCGCCCCCCUCACGAGGAAGGUGCUGCAGGUGCUGUGGGUCCUGCUGCCGUGUGCUCUCCAGCUCUGCAGCGCACAGACACAAGGAGUGGUGGUUUGCUCUGGCACCCAGAAUGUUCUGAGUAUGACGGGAAACUCAGAGCUCCAGUACAACCUGAUGAAGGAGCUGUACAGUGGCUGUGAGAUCGUGAUGGGAAACCUUGAGAUAGCAAUGAUGGAGCACACAAGAGACUUCUCCUUUUUAAAGUCCAUCAGGGAGGUGACUGGCUACAUCCUCUUCGCCGUCAAUGAGUUCAGCCGCUUGCCCCUGGACGACCUGCGUGUCAUCAGAGGCACCACCCUGUAUGAGAAUCAGUAUGCUCUGGCCGUCAUGGUCAAUUAUCAGAAGGACGGGCAGCAUGGUCUACAAGAGCUGGGCCUGACACACCUUACAGAGAUACUGGAGGGAGGGGUCAAGAUCAUUCAGAACAAGUACCUGAGCUACGCUCCACAGGUGAACUGGCUGGACAUAGUCAAGGAUGGAACGGCUGAUGUUAUGAUCGAGGACAAUGGUCCCGAAAUGCCUUGUCAUGAAGCAUGUGGAGACUUUUCGUGUUGGGGCCCAGGCAAUGACACGUGCCAGACCUUGACAAAGACUGUGUGCGCCCCUCAGUGUAAUGGACGAUGCUUUGGUACAAACCCGAGCGAGUGUUGUCAUAUCGAGUGUGCAGGAGGCUGCACUGGGCCACUGGAUACUGACUGCUUUGCCUGCAGGAACUUCAACAACUCGGGCCCCUGUGUGCCUCUGUGUCCUCAGACCCUCAUCUACAACAAGCACACAUUCAAACUCGAGCCCAAUCCCAAUGCCAAGUACCAAUACGGCUCUAUAUGUGUGGCCCAAUGCCCAACUAACUUUGUGGUGGAUGGCAGCUCAUGUGUAAGCAGCUGCCCCUCUGAAAAAAUGGAGGUGGAGAAAAAUGGAGUAAAAAGAUGUGAACCCUGUGGAGGCCUCUGUCCAAAAGCCUGCCAUGGCACGGGAGGUACAACCAGACAGACAGUUGAUGCUCUUAACAUUGAUAGUUUCAUAAACUGCACGAAGAUCCUUGGCAGUCUCCACUUCCUUGUGACUGGAAUCAAGGGUGAUGAGUACAACGGUGUACCAGCCCUUGAUCCAGAGAAACUAAAAAUCUUCAACACUGUGAGGGAGAUUACAGACAUCCUCAGUAUUCAGUCCUGGCCAAAAAACAUGUCCGACCUGUCAGUCUUCUCCAACCUUCAAACAAUUGAGGGCAGAACGCCAUACAAAGGCUACUCCCUCCUGGUGAUGAAGAUCCCCUCUCUGACCUCACUGAGGCUGCGUUCAUUAAAAAAAAUGAACGAUGGCGGCGUCUACAUCACAGGAAACAAGAAACUGUGCUACCACGACACUGUCAACUGGACACGGAUCUUGAGCAGCAGCAGCUCCCGUCCCCAGCGUCGGCAGAAGCACAUUGACAUCAAGGAUAACAGACCAAGAACUCAGUGUGUUGAUGAAGGCCACGUGUGUGACACCCUGUGCUCCUCUGAUGGCUGCUGGGGCCCGGGUCCUAACCAGUGUGUGUCCUGUAAGAAGUUCAGCAGAGGAGGAACGUGUGUGCAAGACUGCAUGUUCUUAACCGGGGAGAGGCGGGAAUUUGCUACCCGGUCAGGCGAGUGUAAGCCCUGCCACCCAGAGUGUAAGGUCCAGGAAGGAAAGCAGACCUGCACAGGCCCGGGAGCAGAUCAGUGUGUAGCAUGUGCCAGGCAGCAAGACGGUCCACACUGUGUCCCCUCAUGUCCUGAGGGCGUCAUGGGAGGAGAAGAAGUCAUCUUUAAGUACCCAAACAAGCAGGACCGCUGUGAACCUUGCCACGCCAACUGUACCCAAGGGUGCUAUGGUCCAGGAAUUGGAGACUGUGUUGGGUCGGUUUCCUACCUUUCUGGACAAGAGACCACCGCCAUUGUACUUGGAGUGAUUGCCCUCCUCUUUGCUUCAUUCUCUAUUUUUGUGCUGACUGUACUCUAUCGCAGAGGUCUUGCCAUUCGUCGCAAGCGAGCCAUGAGGAGAUACAUGGCGAAUGGAGAGAGUUAUGAGCCUAUGGAUCCUGGAGAGAAAGGAGCUAAAGUCCAUGUUCGGAUCCUGAAGCCCACAGAUCUGCGUAAGAUCAAGCUGAUAGGAAAUGGAGUGUUUGGACAAGUCCACAAGGGCAUUUGGAUCCCUGAGGGCGAUACAGUGAAGCUCCCUGUGGCCAUAAAGACAAUUCAUGAUCGCACAGGACGGCAGACCUUCCAUGAGUUGACUGAUCACAUGAUGAUGAUUGGAAGCUUAGAUCAUGCGAAUGUGGUCAGGAUUCUGGGUAUUUGUCCUGGUGCCAGCCUGCAGCUCGUCACACAGCUCAGCAGUCAGGGCUCCCUGCUGGAGCACGUCAGGAACUGCAAGAACAAACUCAGUCCUCAGAGGCUCCUCAACUGGUGUGUUCAAAUUGCAAAGGGGAUGUAUUACUUGGAGGAGAACAGGGUUGUCCAUAGGAACCUGGCUGCCAGAAAUGUUCUCCUGAAGAAUAACUACACAGCACAGAUCUCAGACUAUGGCAUCGCAGAUCUCCUUUACCCUGAUGACAAGAAGUACUUUUACAAUGAGAUCAAGGCACCAAUCAAAUGGAUGGCCUUAGAGAGCAUCCUGUUUCGCAGAUACACACAUCAAAGCGAUGUCUGGAGUUAUGGUGUGACUGUUUGGGAGAUGAUGUCCUACGGCGCAGAGCCGUACGCUACAAUGCGUCCACAGGAAGUUCCUGAUCUGCUGGAAAAGGGCGAGCGACUCUCCCAGCCUCAAAUUUGCACAAUUGAUGUCUACAUGGUCAUGGUCAAAUGUUGGAUGAUCGAUGAGAAUGUCCGUCCAACAUUCAAAGAGCUGGCGAAUGAAUUCACCAGAAUGGCCAGAGAUCCACCUCGCUACCUGGUGAUAAAAGAGGACUGCAGCCAAGCUGACUCACCCCAAGAUGAACUUGCCCAGCGCAGUGCAGACCUGGAUGACCUGGAUGAUGUAGACAUGGAGCUGGUGGAACAGGAGGACAAUGUGAUAGAUGGCUUGACUCCAGCUUCCCACUAUCUGUCUCAGUCCAGGAGCCUCAAUCGUCUCCCAAGGAUGGACUCUCAUAGAGUGACUCUUGCAUCGUCAAAUGUGCCGGGAUAUCUGCCUAUGACUCCAGGUGUUGACAACCCAGGGCAGGCAAUAUGGCAGUCCCGUUCUCGGCUAAACUCGGCUCGAACUAUGUCUGAAAGCUCAGAGGGCUUCGGCACAGCAGUCGAGCUGGAGAUGAGUGAGGACUUUUCUCUGGCAGGGAGCCUAAAAAGAAGACGUCACCGUGAGGACAGUGCUUAUGUGUCGCAGAGAGACAGCUUGUCUGGCGGACCACCAGAGACUUCAUCACCAGAGAUGGAGGAAGAGGACCAGAAUGGAUAUGUUCUUCCUGGAGAAAGCCCAGAGAGAGAGAACCUACUUUCCUCAUCUCGAGCCACUACUGGCAGGAUUGGCAAAUCCCAUUCCUCAGGCCUUUUGGACGAUCCGGAUGAUGAAGAAUACGAGUAUAUGAACAAGCAGACACCUGUCUCGCCCAAGCAAAACAGCAACUGGAUGAAGCCAAACAAGAAGCGCACCUCCUCCAUGUCUUCACAAGCAACAGCAUGCUCAGGAGAUACACUAUCCAUGGAGGCCAGGAGAGGUCACUCAGGGACCAAUCAAAGCUCAGAUUCUGAGCAGCAGGGAAUUAAUGAAGUUGAAUAUGAAUACAUGGACAUCAGGGGUAAUGAAAAAGAUGAAAGCCCUCCACCACACAACCCUCCUCCUCCUCCUUUAACACCAUUGCGGACUACCAAAGAGGGGGAGGAGGGAAACAAAGAUGAGGAAGAAUAUGUGGAGGACAGUAACUAUCAUUACAUGAACAGACAGCCAAAGCUGCGUCAAGCUCUUCAAGACAGGGACGAGAUUGUAAUGCAGGAAAGGGAUGAAGGAGAGGCGUAUGAGUAUGAGGACAUGGACUGCUUUGUUGCCUUGGGGCCUGGAGAUGCAGUGGUGUACCAGAACAUGCAGAGUGAUGCAGAGGAGGCAGGCGGGAGCAAAGAGUCAUAUCAAUCUGGAUUUGAACCCUACGUGAAAGUGCGAGCUGGAGUUGGAGUUGGGGAACCUGCAACUGGGGACCAAUCUUUUGACAAUCCAGACUACUGGCACAGCAGGAUGUUCCUGAAGCCCAAAGCGGUGCCUACAUGAAGAAUUCUUUAAAUCUUUAAACCUUCCCUCUGAGACAUUUUCAUGAAGGACUUGGAACAGGAAAUGUAGCCACAAGCCAUAUUGAAAGGACAUCCAUCCCAUAAUUUCAAAAUCCAAAUAUGUUUGUAUGACUUUAUCACAGGUAAAUCGUUUUUUACAGGCUGGCAUUGUGUUUGUAUGGGCAUUUCCACAAAUAGUAGCACUGGAUGUUGAGAAACACUGACCGAAAAAAGCAGACAACAAGCUAAAUCAUCCUGUUUACAUUCUUAAAUGAACAAAAUGUGUUUUAUAACAAAUGUGUUUGUUAUGGACUUCCAUGUUGUGAGACCUCUUUUAAUCAUAAUCUAUGGAAUUUAUUUUCUACACAAUAAAAGUAUUUUGAA